CUUGCAGCGUUAGCUAUAAAAGAUGACACACAUCUGCUCAACUGCAACCGCUGGUACUAGUAUUCAUUGGUAAAGGAGAGCUAUACGUUGUUUAAUUCCUCCGGUUAACUGACCGGCCGGCGAGUCGGCGACGUGCACGCAGCAGCUAGCUAUCAAUGGCGCCUCCACGCCGGCCGAGCAUGGGGCGGCAAAAGAUCGAGAUCCGGCGCAUAGAAAGCGACGAGGCGCGGCAGGUGUGCUUCUCCAAGCGCCGCGCGGGGCUGUUCAAGAAGGCCAGCGAGCUCUCCAUCCUCUGCGGCGCCGACGUAGCCGCCGUCGUCUUCUCCCCCGCCGGCAAGGCCUUCUCGUUCGGCCACCCUUCCGUGGAGUCCGUCGUCGAGCGCUUCCUCGCCUCCUCCUCCCCCUCGCCUGCAGGUGCCGGUGCCGGCCACUCCUCCGCCGGCGGCGGCGAGGACCGCGCGGUCUCGGAGCUGAACCGCCAGCACGGCGAGCUGCGCGCGCAGCUGGACGCGGAGAAGACGAGGCAGGAGCGCGCGGACGAGGCGAUCCGGAAGGAGCGCGAGGCGAGGAGCCCCGCCAUGGCGUGGAUCGACGCGGACCUGAGCGCCAUGGGCCACGACGACCUGGUCGCAUUCUGGACCGCGCUGGCUGGCGUGCAGGCCGCCGUGGCGGCGAGCGCCGACCAGCUGCUGCGUGACGCGCUGCUCGUCGGGCGCAGGGGCCGGCACCAGCAGCCCGCCCAGCUUGCCGGCGGUGGUGUGGCCUUCGACGUCGGCGCGUUUGGCAUUGGCAUGCAGGUGCAGCCGCCUCCAGGAUUCGCCGGCGUCGACCUGCAGGGGUUCGGACUCGGAGGACAGGCUGCUGCCAUCCUCGGCGCCGCCGGUCCCUCAUGAGGUGAUCGAAUGCAUGUGUGCACAAUUCACACAAGUUGUUGCAUGGACGCGUCGUGCCUAUCUUAGGUUUGGACUUUGGAGAUAACAUCGCAAAUUUGCAACACUGUUUUAAUUAA